UAAUUUUCACGAAAUGCACCGUCGACCCCUCCAACUAACUUUCUACACCUGUUCUAUCUUUCUCACCUUCCGUUCUUCAGCGCAUGCAUCUCUCUCUCUCUCUCUUGUGGGAAUGUCCUUUCUUUUUUAGUAUUUAAGCGCCUCCAUUACACGACCUACAUCCCCCUUCAUAGCAUGAUCUUCUUAACACCAGUACUUGAUCGGGUGUCCUUAUUAUAGAUAAGUUCUCUCAUCAUCUGCAUAAAUAUUUUUCUCAUCUCUGCUCGAUCGGUACGUAUAAAAUAUGGCUGAUUUGGAUCAUUCUAGUUCCACUGAAACUACUUUGAACUCUGAAGAUAAUAACAUUAAUUGCGAGUCUAAGCUUCGAUUCUCUGAAGAUGAGGAGACACUUAUUGUAAUAAUGUUUAAUCUUGUUGGUGAGAGAUGGUCUCUAAUUGCUGGGAGAAUCCCCGGAAGAACAGCGGAGGAAAUUGAGAAAUAUUGGAAUUCAAGAUACUCCACAAGUGAAUGAAGUUCUUAUGCUUAAAAGAGAGAAAAAGAAAUUGUGAUCGGGGAAAUUUGGAUGGCAUUUGGAAGUUUGGUGCAUUGUACUUCUCAUUGAACCAACUUAUGGAUGUAAUUAAUAUAUAAGUUUUGCUACAUAUAAAUAAAGUCGCGUGCUAAUCUACAUACUAA